AUGUCCUGGGACGACGAAGAUUUUGACAUCCCUGUUAAAGCAACCCCUGCUGCAGCUGCUGCCGCCUCUUGGGAAGACGAAGAAGAUGAUGAACCACUCUUAGAAGAAUCUUGGGACGUGGAUGAAGAUGAACUCAAGGCUAGAAAGGCUGAAGAAGAAGCCAAGAAGAAAGCUGAAAAGGAAGCUUUGAAGAAUAAGCAAAACGAGGCUAAGGCUAAGAAAUUAACCGGCAAAAAGGGUGGUGAUCCAGUACUCCUCGACGUUGAUCUCUUGGGUGAAGACGAUAGAGCUGCUGCAUUGAAGAAGGCUCAAUUAAGCUCCGAUUUAAACAAUGCUGCUGACUUGUUCGGUAGCUUGGGAGUUGCAGGAGAUGAUGAAGACUUCGACCUCACCGCACACCCAAGAGAAAGAGCUGCCGCCGCGGCCGCCGCAAAGGCUCCACCUCCAGUUGCCAGAUUGACCAAAGACACUCCAAUUGAAACCCACCCUCUCUUCCAACCAGCUGAUAAGGAAGAAUUUGUUAAAUUGAGGAAGACCUUGGCACCAGUACUCACAGACUUGGCUGAAGACUCCUUGAUGAACUAUUCCAGUGGUUUAGCGGUAGAUCUUAUCAGAGAUAUUGCCCAACCUUUAUCCAUCGAAAAUGUCAGAAAGGUUAUAUCCACCUUGAAUAUUGUCAUUAAGGACAAAGAAAAGGCUGAAAGACUUGCCAGAUUAAAGAAGGCCGGUGGUACUGCUACUGGUGGGGCAGGGAAGAAGAAGGCUAAGCCAGCAGUUAAGACCAAUGUCACCGAAAGUUUCAAGAAGGACGAAUACGAUGACAUGGACUACGAUAACUUCGGUGAUGACGACUUUAUGUAA